CAGAAGCGUCGUUGCUGUUCACCGAUUCACGUCCUAAGCCAGACUUGUUUUAUUUAUAGAAAGAUUUUUUUUUUGUCUGUCCAACUGAAAUUUGAACUGUAAAUACUAAGAAUGGUGGUACAAAGCCACUCAUUUCAACAGAACUUCGACGAUAUGACUCAAAAUACCGAGAAAAUUUCGUUGACGGCGUCUCCCAACGUCACACAGGAGGGCGCCUCGGCUACGGAGAGCAGAGCUGACACCUUCCCUGCCAAGACAUCGGAGAAACGAAGCGGAGGUGAAGAGAAGAUGAAUGGGACUGAGUCACAAGCCCAAACGGGACAGGCGGCACUGCAGGGGUCAGAUGUGGCAGAGCAUCUGUCACACGUGAGGGAUGCGCCGUCCGCCUCCGACCGGGAGUGCCGGUCCCGUUCCACCUCCACAACGUCCCGCUCCAGCUCCAGAUCCAGCGUUUCCAGCUCCGGCUCCAGCUCCUACUCCAGCGGAAGCAGCCACAGCUCGGGGUCUGCGAGGCGGUCCCGGCGCCGCCGCGGGAGCUCGCGCUCGCGCUCCUACUCCAGCAGCAGCUCCCGGUCCCGAUCUCGGACCCGGUCGCGGUCCCGCUCACGCCCCCGCCCGCGCUGCCACAGGAACGCCACCCACUCCCGCUGCUGCAGGGGACACCACCGUCACGAUGACCGCCAUCGCCGCCGCCGCUCCCCGCCCCGCCGCUACAGAGCCCGCUCCCGCUCCUACAGCCCCUCCUACUCGUCGGUGCGGUCCCACCGCCACCGACGCCCCUUCCCCUCGCGCUCCCGCUCACGUACCCGGUCACGCUCCAGGUCCAGGGGCCGCAGGCUGUACGGGUUUGUGGGCAGGAGCAGGUUCAGGCUGGCCAACAGUCCCCGGAGGAGCAGAUCCCGAAGCCGUUCCCGCUCCAGAUCGCCUGACAGAACCAACAUCCACCUGAGUCUUGAAGAAAAGAGACAGCUUCUGCAGAUUGCGAGAGCCAAUGCGGCCAAAGCCCUGGGAGUGGAGGAUGUGGCGCUGCCUGCGAGUGUGAAGGCAGUGUUGGAGGUCCCGGAGGAGCCCACAUUAGGGGAACUGGUGAGACCAGGUGGAACUGCCCUGAACAGUCUGAAGGAGAAACUUUCUUUCUCAUCCCAAGGCGCACAAUCAAGGAUGUAAUGAGGGAAAUGGUCUGUGAUUUUUAUUUCUCUCUCUAAAGUUGACUAAUUGAGAGACAGUGACUGAUGUCUGAAGCUAUAUAAAAUAGGCACUUGUCUUUUAUUAUAUCAAUGUCGCAUGCUCUACAGUUAGUUAUUUUCUGUUUUUAUUUUUGUGUGCACAAAAAGGUCUUUGCUGCUUAUCUGUGUUAACCUUUGCCCCCAUAACUCUCCAGGAAUACAGUUUAGCUUUAUGUGCUCUGCUUAUUUCUGUUUUUGUAGAUCACAUGACAGUGGUCUUCACCUCAUGGUGCCUUGAGGAGGAGAAUGAGGUGGCAUUCAGUGUGACUUGGGUGACAUCAUGGGUUUGUGGGUUGCGUUGACUGAUGAAUCUGCCCAUUUUCACAAGCGCUCAUGAAAAGCUCAUAUGACAGCAACAUAUAUGAAGUAGUAGUACAAACGUAAACACUGGUACAUUUUCAGAAGAAUCUCAUUGUCACGUAUGGGUGGACUCCGAUCAGUUGCUUUCAGUCGUGUCCUUUGUAGUCAGUCACAUGAUCAAAAAGGCAGAAGGGCUUCACCCACAGUUAACAAUACUAAGAAACUGUAAUGCUAAUAUACUGCACCUAUACAAUGUGAGAGAGUGUGUAAAACGUGUGCUUGCAGACGGUUGAGUUGGGACUGGGGGUUUACGUGUGCGUUGUCAUUUAGCAGAACCUUCCACCAACAAGCAGAAGAUUUGUGUUGAAAGAGGCUGCUUUUUAGUGACUAUGCCAGAUGAAGAGCCCAUCUACGUAUGCCAAAGAUAAGUUUGUGUACAUGUGUCCAGCAGGGUUCUGUCUGGAAAGGGACUUUUAUUCUUCCACCCAGACAGAGCAGGGGCCUUUUAUUUUGAUUCAUUUUUAUUUUUUUUAUCUCAUUUUAUUAUGUUUAUUCUCAUAUCUAGAAUCUCUACAUUCACCUGUUUUUUUUUUCCUGAGAUACCUUUUCUAUGUAAAUGUGUAUAAAACUGUUAGAGAUGUAUUCAUUGGUACACCGAGCUAAAUUUGACUAGAGUUGCCGUGGCAUUGGCCAUCACAAGAUGGAUGCAGUCAACAUGUUGCUGCAGCUAUUUGGUUGUCUUCAGGCUAAGUGGCUUCCUGUCACAUGGCUGUCUGCAUCACAUCUGUGCAGUCUUUACUGUGGGUAGAGAGAGACUUUAGAAGACAGCCCUCAACAUGUCCUCCAGUCCGAUUUUCAUUUUUAACCAAGUCUAUGCAACACGAACCUUGGCCCAUGUCGUGACUGUGGAGUCUAAAUCGGCCUCCUUUCUCUCUCUGUUUUCUCUGUAGCACUACAAACAGACUGAAGCUGAUGAGGACGUUCCUAGCCCCAAGAUGUCCCCUAGGAACAAGAUCACGUUCAGCAUUCAUAACUCCGUGGCUAAGCCAGCGUCCAGCAUGUCUUCGAGCAGUCCGGAAAAGACGGUGACCACCAGAGUGGAAAGUUCCACCGGGCAGCAGCCGUACGGUCGCUGGGUGCCUGUGACCUCGUGGUCGCCCACUUCUAAGCGCUCCCCCACAAAGACACGGUAGCGCUUUAGUGUGGAGGGACUCCGUAUAGUCUGUAAAUACUGUAAAUAUAGUUUGUACAUAUUUUGUAUAGGUGGGGGUAGGGGUGGGGGGGUUUACGUAAUCCUGUUUCAAUGUUAGGUGUUUUCUUUCAGAUGUAAAGUGAAAAGUAGAUGGGAGGAAGACAUCAGGAUUUCGUGCAGGUGGGAGUUACCUUUCUUUUUGUAGGACUAUUGUGAUACAGUGUUGUGUUGUUUUUAGACAUCUGUUUCAUGUAGAGCUUAAAUAAAGAGA